UGCUAGUCUUGAAUCGAUAGAGGAUAACUUCUUCCAUGGCGGCCUUCCAUGGAUCCUCUUCCUCUUCCUGUUCUUCUUCAUCUUCUUCUUUCUCUUCCCUUGCCUCUUCUAUUUCUCGAUGCACUUACGAUGUAUUCUUGAGUUUCAGAGGUAAAGAUACUCGCAAAACUUUUACUGCACAUUUAUAUGCAGCUUUGUGUCGAAAUGAUGUCAACACCUUCAUGGACAAUAAGCUUAGAAGCGGAGAGGAAAUUUCACCAGCACUUCUCGAAGCCAUUAAAGAAUCAGCGAUUUCAAUCAUUGUAUUGUCUAAAAACUAUGCAUCAUCCCAAUGGUGUUUGGACGAGCUCAUGAAGAUCCUCGAGUGCAAAAAAACAAGGGGGCAACAAAUUCUACCCUUGUUCUAUCACGUACAUCCAUCAGAAGUACGGAAUCAAACCAAUAGUGUUAGAAAAGCAUUCGCUAAACUUCAAGAAAGGUUUAAGCAUGAUCAAAUGAAGUUGCGAAGGUGGAAGACAGCUCUAUCACAAAUAGGCAAUUUGUCAGGGAAGCUUUUGGGGAACAGGAAUGAACCUGAAUUUAUUCACGAAAUCAUUCAAUUGGUGAAUUCGAUGUUAGUAAAAAAUACAUACUUCCAAGUUGCCGAGUAUCCAGAGUCUCAUGUACAAUAUGUGAAGCCACUUUUAGACUUAGAGAAGAAUGACAGUACAUGCAUGGUAGGUAUCUUUGAAAUUGGUGGAAUUGAUAAGACGACUAUCGCCAAAGCAAUCUACAACUCAAUUGCCUCUCUAACUGAAGAAAGCAAAAAAAGUGAUGAAACAAAUUUAGUACUUCACAAAUUAGACAAUGAAAGACAUCUCAAAGACUUGAUGAACACGAGUAAGUUUAGAGAAGAAGAUGAGAAAGGCAUAGAUAUACUAUAUUUUCAUUUGGAAAGAAUUGUAGUAGCUACGGAUGGCUUCUCAUAUGCAAACAUGAUCGGAAAGGGGGGCUUUGGGUAUGUUUACAAGGGCACAUUUCUAGGAGGUCAACAAAUUGCGGUAAAAAGACUCUCAAGUGCCUCAAGCCAAGGCUUUCAGGAAUUUAAAAAUGAGGUGGCAUUGAUUAAAAACCUUCAACAUAGGAAUAUUGUUAGGCUUCGGGGAUAUUGCAUGGAAGGAGACGAAAAAAUUUUACUCUAUGAGUACAUGCGCAAGGGAAGCUUAGACUCAUUUAUAUUCGAUCGAAAUCCAAGCAAGUAUUUGGAUUGGGAAAUGCGCGUCAACAUCAUUUGGGGAAUAGCUCGUGGGCUUCUUUAUCUUCACCACGACUCCAGAUUGAGGAUCAUCCAUAGAGAUUUAAAACCUAGCAAUAUUCUUUUAGAUGAGGAGAUGAACCCCAAAAUAGCUGACUUUGGCUGUGCAACGAUUGCUGAAGGCAAAAACAUCGAGGCACGCACAAUGAGAAUAGUUGGAACUUAGUAAGUUUAUGGUAGACACUAGAUAGUGUAAUUGUGAAACCUGAUUCAAUCGUAA